CGACAUAAAGCAAUACAUUUCAAAUUUUGGUGGGGCUUGUUAUUUUCAAAUUUAAAAGUAGGAAUUUCUUUACUUAUGAAAUCUGAACAAAGAUUUCAUCAUGACGGUAGAUUAUCGACCCGCAACACCUGACAACCCUUCUACGCGAUCGCGCGUACCUCUUCUUCUUCCUUUUCUGUCGCGUUAGAGUUGCCACAUGGUUGCAGCGAAGCUCUUUGAACUGGCGUUCUAUUCGAUUCCGCUUAAGUUUAUAAAUUAAAAAAAUAAAAAUGAAUCUGGAGGACAUUUCGGUGAUGAUGAAGCUGUGCAACGACAACGUGCACAAGCUGCAGGAUAAUCUGCGCUCCUACCAGCGCGACGUCAACCGGGUUCGCACAAUGCUCACCAAAAGGUGGGUGAAUGUAGAUCGCCAGGACAGGAGACUCAUCGCCCUUCAUGACCAAUUAGUGGGCAGUCUUAGCGAGGUAAAUGCCUAUGUCAUCCAGCUCAACCUGCACAUAGAGCUCAACCGACCGGCUGGAAGAUUAAGGAGCGAGGAAAAGUCGGAGGACGCCUUCGAUUCCCUCGAUUCACCCAAUCGUUUAAUUAAGAAAGCCAUCACAGAUGCUAUUUCUGAUGAACAGUCGCUGGAGCCGGACUCCAGCGAGAUGUGGCCGGAAUCUUUAAUGCAGCUGGUGCCCGUUGAUUUGUCCAUGGCUUCAGAGUCCAAGGCGAAGACGUCUAAUACGGAAGAGACUCCUGCACUUUCCCCUAAAACUUCUCCAAAGCCAGCAAUUACGAUCAGCAAUGAUAUUUCCAACCAAAAGUCCAUGACUGAAUUGCAGGUUAAAGAGAACGCAGUGGUCAUCGACUCAAAGGUUGAUUUUACGGAAAAGUCUCCUACACUUUCCCCUAAAACUUCUCCAAAGCCAGCAAUGACGAUCAGCAAUGAUAUUUCCAACCAAAAGUCCAUGACUGAAUUGCAGGUUAAAGAGAACGCAGUGGACCACGAACCCCCUAUCCAGAAGACCUCCAAUAAUAUCUGCAAAGAAAUCCCAAAGAAAAUCGAAGAACAACAGAUUAACGAAAGACCAGUCAUGCCCUCUAGCUGGCUUAUUAAACCCUUAGAGGAUCAGGUUACUACUUCGCCACCGGCUGCAACCUUUCCCAAACCACGCAACCGAUCCCUCCUGGCUCCCAAAGGCGGCACCCAGACGACCAGCGAUGGCAUCUACAAUCAAAUCCUGAAGAACAUGGAUGCUUUUCCCAAGAGCACCGUGAUCUCAGCCGUCUUAGUGCAUGUGAAUGUGGCGGACAGCUGCAUCUUUGUGGCCAAAUGGGAUAAGAGCUCAAAGCAGAUUCAGAAGUUGCUGCAGGGACAGGUGCCUCUGCGGGAAAUAGACCAAUUGCCAAACUACGGGGACAUAUUUGCAGUCUACGACAGCAGCGACAAUAUAACCACUCGCAUCACUAUCAAUAGCAGCUCCGAGGGCGGAGGCUAUGAUGCCUAUCUAAUUGACUAUGGCGAGCACAUUCACCUGAGCGGCAACGAAACCAUAUUUGAACUGCCCAGCGACAUCAAGGCGCUGCCCGCAGAAGCCAUUAGAUCCAAUUUGAUGAACUACACUGUUAGCCAGAUGAGUAAAUUCCUCUAUCAGAGUCUUACAUUCCGGGUGCACGAUAACAAUGGCAUCGCUCUGAUGGUGGAGUUGAUCGACAAAGAAGUAACAGGUUUAAAUAAUAAUAAGACCGAAUGUCCUGUUAAACUAAGCGAGGAUGACAUGGCCAUGUUGAAUGAGGUCGAAGAGACCACCAGCAAUCCUCUGAAGGCAGUGCUGGGCUUUAUACCCACGGAUGAGCAACGCAUUUGCCGGCACUACGAUCCCAAGCUGAAUGGCUGCUUUAAGGGUAACAAUUGCCGCUUGGUUCACGAACCCUUUGCCCCUGAUGGCGCCACAAAGGAUGUGGAGGUAGCUGGAGCUCUUCCGGAAACCGACUUUUACUCUCCAGUGCCUCAGAAAAUGGGCAGCACUGUCCGCAUCCUGAUCACCUUUGUGAACAGCCCCACGGAGAUUUAUGCUCAGUUUGUGGACGGCUCUGCUCCGCUGGUGUGGGACAAGAAGGAUGUGCCCGAGGAGAAACGGAGCUUCAAGCGCAAGCCACACCUCCUUGACAUUGUGUUGGCCCUCUACAGCGAUGGCUGCUUCUAUCGCGCCCAGAUCAUCGAUGAAAUGGAUAAGGAGUACAAGAUCUUUUAUGUGGAUUACGGCAACACUGAGUUCGUGCCCCUGAGCUGCUUGGCUCCGUGCGAUUAUGUGGAGAGCUUGAAGCCUCAUCGGUGCAUCAGUUGCCAAAUAGAGGGAGUCAUAAGGUCAUCAUUUCUCUCGCACCAGAUGACAUUUGAAUGCGUCGAAUACCUUAAGAGUAGGCUGCUUAACAAGGAGAUGGAUGUGAAGCUGAUUAAUCGGCUGCCGGAUGGCUUCCUAAUUCGUUUUCUGGGCGUCUACACCGAAGUGCCGAGUCAGCUGGUGAAACGUGGAUAUGCUCAGCCCAGCAAUGGAGUCCGGCGAAGCUCCAUUGAAGCUCCAGAUCUCGAUCAGCCUUCGGCAGAUGAAGCCCCCAAAGAUAUCUGAUAAGCAUUGCUAGCGCUGUUAUAAUUUGGCUUGUUAAUCUUUACCUUUUUCUAUUUAAGUGACAGAUUUAGAAAGAUCCAAAUCGCUACUCAAAAAUGCUUUAAAUCCAGAAGAACUAUAGCAUAGCCUAAGCCUUUUUGUUUACAUCUCCUUAGAUAAUUUUUUUUUGGCUUUAAAUGCCUGCAUUACUUUUAUUUAAUUUCUGAACGAACUUAUAUGUAAUCAAAUUACAAUAUUGUGACUAUCUGUUGUCUUAAAACUACACUACAUGUUUUAGGCUCAAAGUGUUUUUAGGCGAGAUUUAAAGUCUACGUCGAUUUAAAACUUCACAAUGAAGUGUAGUUCCAAAGUUUAAUUAUAUCUCAAAUGAAAAGGAUAUUUAGUUAAAGAAAAUACUUUUUUACGUUAUUCAUUUUUGGAUUUUUUGUACUACUUAUAUAAGAAUAAUUUUUCUUUCGAUGAAUAAUCAC